AUGUCGGAACCGCUCUCAAAAGUCGACUCUGCCGUCCAGGGCCUCUCUUCCUCCCCGCCCAAGGAGAAGCGCAGGCAAAGCUCCGCCGCCGCCCCGGGUGUCAUGAACAUCAACGACCUUGAGGCAUCAGGUACUGAGCUUCAAAUAGCUAUCGAAACACAGAAGACGGGAUGGAAGAUCAACACUUCCCCGAACACGAUAGAGGAGAAGGAGAUCCUCAAGAAGCACCUGACAGAACCACCAGUGAAGAGGAUCGAUCUCCAUUUCCCUCUCGGCAUGGAGGUAACAGCACGGAACCUCAAGGGUGUAACAAUCAAGGACGCCUUGGACGCCAUCCACAAAGCAUACAAGAAGAGGUCCGACGAUGAGCUGGACAAGCCAUACUUGAUGGGCUUCGAAUGGGACAAGGAGGAGUCAUGGACCCGUCUCAUUGUUCAUCUGUCGCCCAACUCCACCCAGCAAAUGUCUAGUGGCGGCAAGAAGAAGAAGAACAAGAAGGAGGAGGAGUAA